AUGGAGAAGGGAUUUAACAAAGUUUCCUUUUGGCUAAUAAUCUUCCUUCUUUUCCUGCAGUACACAGUUUGGAACUUUCUUCCGAAGAAUCUUUUUGAACAGUUUCGGAGAAUCGCAAAUUUUUAUUUCCUGAUCAUUUUCCUCGUCCAGGUCACGGUAGAUACACCAACCAGCCCAGUGACCAGUGGACUCCCACUUUUCUUUGUGAUAACUGUCACUGCCAUUAAACAGGGAUAUGAAGACUGGCUUAGACACCGAGCUGACAAAGAAGUAAAUAAAAGCAUUGUCUAUGUUAUUGAAAAAGCAAAGCGAGUGAAGAAAGAGAGUGAAGCCAUAAAGGUUGGCGACAUUGUUGAGGUGCACGCGGAUGAAACGUUUCCUUGUGAUAUUAUCCUCCUGUCAUCAGGCAGUGAUGAUGGGACCUGUUAUGUAACAACGGCCAGUCUUGAUGGGGAAUCCAACUGCAAGACACAAUAUGCUAUCCGUGAUACCAGUUCGCUUAAUACGGCUCAUUCCAUUGAUACCCUCCAAGCCACGAUCGAGUGUGAGCAGCCUCAACCUGACCUGUACAAGUUUGUUGGGAAGAUCAAUAUCUACGGCAAUAAUGCAGAACCCAUUGCCAGGUCUUUGGGGCCUGAAAAUCUAUUGCUGAAAGGAGCUACUCUAAAAAAUACCAAGAAGAUUUAUGGAGUUGCUGUUUACACAGGAAUGGAAAGCAAAAUGGCUUUGAAUUACCAAGGGAAAUCUCAGAAGCGCUCCGCUGUGGAAAAAUCUAUCAACGGCUUCCUGAUUGUGUACUUGUGCAUCCUCUUGUCCAAAGCUGCUAUUUGUACCGCCAUGAAGUAUGUGUGGCAGAGUGUCCCCCACAAUGAUGAGCCUUGGUACAACCAAAGGACCCAGCGUGACCGAGACACCGCAAAGGUUCUGAAAAUAUUCACAGACUUCUUGUCAUUUAUGGUCCUGUUCAAUUUCAUUAUCCCCGUUUCCAUGUACGUUACUGUGGAAAUGCAGAAAUUCUUGGGGUCCUUUUUCAUUGCUUGGGAUAAAGACUUUUAUGAUGAAGAAAUACAAGAAGGUGCUCUGGUGAAUACAUCCGACCUCAAUGAAGAGCUUGGGCAGGUGGAGUAUGUAUUUACUGACAAAACUGGGACACUUACUGAAAACACCAUGGAAUUUAUUGAAUGUUGCAUAGAUGGGCACCCAUAUAAGGAGGAAACUGCUGCCGAAACUGCCGAGACAUUCUCUGAAACUGAUGGAAUUCAGCCGUUUUCUGGAAGAGCAGAAAAGAGUCGGGAACAGCUCUUUCUUCGUGCCUUGUGCCUGUGCCAUACUGUGGAAACCCAAGUAAAAGAUGAUAUUGAUGGAAUCGUUGAAGAGACCGAGUUAACAUAUAUCUCCUCAUCCCCUGAUGAAAUUGCUUUGGUAAAGGGGGCUAAGAAGUAUGGGUAUACCUAUUUGGGAAUUAAGGAUGGCCGCAUGAAAUUGGAAAACCAACAGAAUGAAAUUGAAGAGUUCAGGCUUCUCCAUACUUUACACUUUGAUUCUUCCCGGAGACGUAUGAGCGUGAUUGUGAGAAAUGCCCGAGGUGACAUAUUUCUCUUUUGUAAGGGAGCAGACUCUGCUGUUUUCCCCAGGGUGCAAAGGGACCAGGUAGAACGGACUAAAGUCCACGUGGACCGCAAUGCAAUGGAUGGCUAUCGAACUCUGUGUGUGGCCUACAAAGAAUACACUCUUGAGGAAUAUCGUGCAGUUGACCAUCAGAUCCUUGAAGCCAAGAUGGCUUUACAAGAGAGAGAAGAAAAGUUGGCAAAGGUUUUCGAUGACAUAGAGACUGACAUGAAUUUAAUUGGAUCCACUGCCGUAGAAGACAGGCUUCAGGAUCAAGCAGCUGAGACUAUCGAAGCCUUGCACAAGGCAGGUAUGAAAGUCUGGGUGCUCACCGGGGAUAAGAUGGAGACUGCCAAGUCCACCUGCUAUGCCUGCCGCCUCUUCCAGACCAACACUGAGCUCCUGGAGCUGACCACUCGGACCAUCGGAGACAGCGACAGAAAAGAAGAUCAUUUGCACGAACUGCUGGUUGACUACCAUAAGAAGCUGCUAUAUGAAUUCCCCAAACGUAGAAGCAUCAAAAAAGGGUGGGGAGAACACCAGGAAUAUGGAUUGAUAAUUGAUGGAUCAACUUUGUCACUUAUAUUAAAUUCUUCCCAAGAGUCCACAUCGACUAAUUACAAAACCAUCUUUAUGCAAAUUUGUGUCAAGUGCACUGCUGUUCUCUGUUGCCGAAUGGCCCCUCUACAGAAAGCACAGAUCGUCAAAAUGGUGAAGAACAUCAAAGGCAGCCCAAUCACUCUCUCCAUCGGCGAUGGUGCUAAUGAUGUUAGCAUGAUUUUGGAGUCCCAUGUGGGAAUAGGCAUAAAAGGCAAAGAAGGUCGCCAAGCUGCAAGAAACAGUGAUUACGCGGUUCCCAAGUUUAAGCACUUAAGGAAGCUGCUGCUGGCCCAUGGGCAUUUAUACUAUGUGAGAAUUGCACACCUGGUACAGUAUUUCUUCUAUAAGAACCUUUGUUUCAUCCUGCCGCAAUUUUUGUACCAGUUCUUCUGUGGCUUCUCCCAACAGCCGUUGUAUGAUGCUGCUUACCUUACGAUGUACAAUAUCUGCUUCACUUCGUUACCGAUCCUGGCCUACAGCUUGCUGGAACAGCACAUCAGCAUUGACAUUCUCACUGCUGAUCCCAGAUUGUAUAUGAAAAUUUCCGACAACGCCAAGCUAAAGUGGGGCCCUUUCCUGUACUGGACGUUUCUGUCUGCCUUUGAAGGAACCGUGUUUUUCUUCGGUACUUAUUUCCUUUAUCAGGCUACAACCUUGGAAGAGAAUGGAAAGGUUUAUGGAAACUGGACUUUUGGAACUACUGUUUAUACAGUCCUAAUAGUCACUGUAACACUGAAGCUUGCCAUAGAUACUCGGUUCUGGACUUGGAUCAAUCACUUUGUGAUUUGGGGUUCCUUAGUCUUCUAUAUCUUUUUCUCAUUCUUCUGGGGAGGUAUUAUCUGGCCUUUUCUCAAGCAGCAAAGGAUGUAUUUUGUAUUUGCCCACAUGAUGACUUCUGUAUCAACGUGGCUGACAAUGGUUCUUCUGAUAUUUGUCGCCCUUUUCCCUGAGAUUCUUAUGAUAGCGAUUAAAAAUGUCAGGAGAAGGACUCCCCAGGGAGGCCUGACAGUGAGUGAAUUCCCAGGUACUCUGGAUAAUAUUACUUUCAGCCCUAUUCCUGUGUAUCUAGAUGAUGCUAUAGUUCAGGAAGCUCUGAACCCCGGGAUCUAUGCCCGACUGCUUCUCCAGUUUCUCGUCCAACCGUCGGACCUUUGUAGAUGGCAGGGCUAUGUCUCCUACAGGGGGUCCCCCACCCACUAUGCUCUCCCCAGCAAUCUUACAGCCUACCUUGAGUGCCGACUUUACCAUCAGUUUGGCCCCCUCGACUCCAAGCAGUGGUUGGAGGUAUACAAGAAUGUCAAUAGAGUUUUGGGCAUAUGCUGAUAAGUUUAAGAUUCCUCUCUCUGGGGAUCAGCCACCUGGGAUGCUCGGAGUGUCUGGCCAUCCACUCACAGCUGCCAUUGCCUUCAAUGACCACCUAGUGCCUCUGCCGCUGUGUACUCUCACAGCAAUAAAACUUCCAGUUAACA